GAACUCUUCGUGAAAGUCUCGUUAGGGCCUGUCAAUUAGGUCUAUGGUUAUAUUAUAUUUCUAUGGUUGUGUCCACUGAACGCAGCCAUUUUGAAUGGUAGUUGACCUUCUCGUUGUUAUCUCUGGUUUAUGUAUUACUCUAUGAUUCGUGACUUGACUGACAGACAAGACAAGCCUGGCCGUUUCGUCGUUUGUAAGCAACCAUUUCCGAGAGAAUUUGAAGAUUCUUUUUGUCAUUAUUAAAUGGUCAUUCCAAACAAUAUAUAGAGCAAUUACAGUAUUUUGAUUUUUAACCAGCAUUUUAAAUUCAAGAAAUGGAUCGAAAUUCAGAAGAUGGAAAUGAAAUUAUCAAAGUUAUUAUUGUUGCUGAAGAUGGAACCGAAAGUGAGGUUGAUUCAAACACUCUCAAUUGUAUUAAUCUUGAAAUUUCAAACACCAAUGAGAAUCUGGAAUCAAAAGAAGAUGAUGGUAUGCUAGAAGAAAAUAUUUCCCAUGAAGACGCUUUGCUACUUGAAAAUAUUAAAGUGGAAAUGAUUGAAGAUCCAGAACUGGAAUUUGGUGAAUAUUUUCUAUCACAAGAUUCAGAAGAAAAUUCUGAAAAGGAGUAUUAUGAUGAGUACAUAGACAAUGAAGAAAACACAGCGUCUAAAAAACGUAAAAGGGGUAGACCAUUAGAAUCUAAUAAAAGAAGAAAUCAUAUUUGUGAUAUUUGUGGAUAUUCUACAUAUCAAAAAAGUCAUUAUAGACGUCAUAUUACCAUUCACUCUAAGCCAGAUGGAAUUCGAUGUAGCAUAUGUAGAAGAGAAAUGGAUGGAAAAGUUGAACUCGCUGAUCAUAUGGAAAGACAUAGAUGUCAAUAUGAUCGAGAUCGAUAUCAAUGUAAUCUUUGUUCAUAUUCAUCUAAAAAAUUAACAAAUGUUAGCCAACAUACUGAAAUUCAUUAUAAACCAGAAAAAAUGAGAUUUGAAUGUGAAAAUUGUGAUUUUAGCACAACUAAUCAAACCCUUUAUAAAAAACAUCUACAUACUCAUAGAAGCUCAAGGAGUACAAAAUGCCCUGUAUGUUUAGCAGUAUUCCAAUCCAUGACAGCAAGAAGAAACCACCUUUUGAAAUAUAAAAAUGGUCCAGAUCCAAACAAAUAUCAGUGUCCUGAAUGUUCAUAUAGGACUAUAAAAUUUAAUAAUUUCAAACAACAUAUGGUUGUCCAUCGUAAUGAAUAUGAAAUCGAAAUGUUUCAGUGUACAUACUGUCCUUUCAAAUCAAAGAGAAAAACAGAUUUGAGACAGCAUAUUAUUGUAAAACACAAAACUGAUGAAGAAGUUCAUUUGUUCAAAUGUGAUUUUUGUUCAUAUGAAUCUAGAAGAGGAAACCAUCUGACAAGUCAUAUGAAGAACCGUCACCAGAGAGAAAUAAUCAUGAAAAAAUGUGGAUUAUGCUCUUACAAAACAGUUUCUCAAGUGCUAAUUGAAAAGCAUUGUAAUAUACAUUCCAAGAUUCCUGAGCAAUUUUUCCUUUGUACUUCAUGUGGUUCAGGCUUUUUAUCCCCAAAACUUCUCGAGGCCCAUAUGGAAACGUCCCAUUUAAAUGAUGAACAAGAUUCUGGUGAUGAUUUGAUUGCCGAACAUGUACCUAAAAUUGAGCCCUUUGAUGAAGAUCUAGGUUAUUCUGUUGAAUUACAUAAAAUAAGGAUUGAGGAUGAUGAAGGUUACUUUAUAGAUGAAGAUAUAGAUACUGUAUAUUGUUGUCAAUUUCCCCAAUGUGAAUUCAAUUGUACCGUUGAAAGAGAUGCAAAGAUACAUAAAACAAUCAGUCAUAACAAAAGAGGAGAUGAUAAUCGAUGUCCAGAAUGUACAUUUCAUACAACAUCCAGGUAUCUUUAUUUGGAUCAUUUAAAAGUACAUAAAAUCGAUAUUGAACAUCUAAAGCCUCAUUUGUGUCAUAUUUGUGGUACAAGGUGGAUUCGUCAGGGUGAUUUAACUAGACAUUUGUCAGCUCAUUGGGGAAAUGAUGCCUACCAAAAAAAGAAGGCUACUAUCAAACAGGAAAACAAUAAUUCAGAAAAAAGAGUAUUGGAGUGUUCAUUAUGUUCUUAUACUACAAGGUUGAGACUAUGUUUGUAUAAGCACAUGCAAAAGCAUGGAGAAGAUCAUCAAAAAAAUUUCAUCAAAUACAUAGAAGACGAUAAUUCAUAUACAACAGAUGACAUCGAUAUGUAUAUAGCUGAUAAUAAUUUGAAUGUAGAUCACAUAGAUGAUGAUAAUGAAUUAAAUUUCGAUGAUCUCUAUGAAGACGAUGAGGAUUCUUAUGAGAGUGGAAACAAUACACACAAAGAAGAUGAUGUAAUCAAUAACCUAAUACAUAAUUUCACUGUAAAAUAUUUAUAGGAAAAAAAAUAUUUUGAAGAUAUGAAUUGUAUAAAGUUGAAACCAAAUUUUUUUAUGAAAUAAGUGCCAUUAUUUCAAGUAUUUAUAUGUAUAUAAUGACAAAAUUUUUCUUUAAUGUAAUUGUAUAGUAAUAUGUGAUAAACUUCAGGUUCAAAAUUAA